AUGGAGGCGCUCAGAGAAACUUUUUGGGAUUUUUCUUCGCUGAUAAUGGGUUGUUUUCUUGGAUGUUUUGGGGGGAAGAAGGAUCAGAGGCGCCGGAGACGGAGGCUUAGUCGUGGCAGCCCCCAGAGACAAAGAAACCGAGUUGAGAAUGUUCACCAUGACAAAACAGUUUUAUCAAUCAAAGAGACAGUUACCAUAUCAGAACAACCAAUCAAAGAGACUGUUACCAUAUCAGAACAACCGGCCAAAGAGUUGCAAAACAAAACCGAGGCAGUGGAGCAAAGAAGUCCGAGCUCGAGCCCAAGCCCAAGCCCAAAGAAAAGAGUUACGUUUAACUCGGAUAUCACGACAUACGAGCACGUCCCGGUCCAUGACAGCAUCGAGUCUCUGCCCGAGUGCCCUGAAAAUAUCGAGAAGGAGAAAGAAGUACCUGUUGAUGAAGAAGUAGAGAGUAAACCCAUUUUCACUCGUGAUAGAAGUGUUAAUUCGGUGCUAAACCCUGUGGAGAAUACUGCUCAGUGGAAAGUUGUGAAGUCAAAAGGGACUACUAAUCUGUUGAGGCCUCCUCCUCAGAAGGAGAAUUGCGAGCUGCCUUGUGUUUCUUUAAGCUCGGAACCAACUUUCAAGAACAAAACCGAGCAGUCGAGGAAAAACGGGAAUCGAGAAGUGGCUGCUGUGGAUGCGAGUCUCUCGAACUGGCUGUCGUCGCCCGAAGUCACGCCGCCUAAGAAGAAGACGAGUGAUUUUGGUGGUUUUUUCGAGACGAGCAUUUCUGGAAAGACUAAUCUGUCUGAAGGGCGUAAUUCUGUUAGGAGCUUUGAGGAUCGGCCGAUUUUAGGUGCACUGACGGUUGAGGAGUUGAGGCAGAUUUCGGCAACUAACUCCCCUCGAAAGUCUCCUAGUCGAAGUCCGGAUGAGAUGCCCAUUAUAGGCAGUGUAGGGACAUACUGGAAUGACUCGAGUUCGAAAAAGCAAUCUGAUUAUUCAUCCUCUUUUAAUAAUGGGAUACCAAACACAAGCAGCAAGUACAGGGAGGAUAAGAGAGUUAAUUGGAACUCUAUGCCUUUUGAGGCAAGACUGGAGAGUGCUCUGCUGAGUCAAGGUGCAUCAUAGUGGAGUUUGUUAUAUGUGAUUUUGGCUUUAUGAUAAUCUUUGUUUUGUUUGCCAUGAGAGAGAAGAUUUGUUGCUGUUUGUGAAUUUCUGCUGGGAGUUUUAUGCAUAUUUUAAUUGAUUCUUUUUCUUGUACCAUUUGACAUUGUGUGUGUAAUGCUUGGCUUGUGAAAUGUGUGUACACCGUUGUGUAUUGGUUUGUUUAUCAAGACAUGUAUAUUGCAUUUUGGUUUGACUUAUUCUGAUGUGUAGUAAGCAAGUCUUGUUCUCUUCUAG